UUGCGCUCUACAUUUCUCAAUUAUUUAUCUGUGUGCUUUAUAAAGUAGAAUGGAUAUUCUCAAAAUGUGGCAUGAAGCUAGACGUCAAGAAAGAAAAAUUCGUGGUAUGCUUGUUGAUUAUCGACGAAGAGCAGAACGCAGACGAGAUUUUUAUGAAAAAAUAAAGGCAGACCCAACACAAUUUUUGCAGAUACAUGGACGACAAUGUAAAAUACAUAUAGACCCAAACAUAGCAGCAGCUGCUGACAAUGCUGUAAUGAUGCCUUGGCAAGGACAAGCUGAUAAUCUCAUAGACAGGUUUGAUGUUAGAGCUCAUUUAGAUCAUAUUCCACAAAUUAGUAGGGAUGAAGAAGAGAAACUGACCCAAGAGGAAAGACAUCUUAAUUAUGAACGCUAUCGAAUAAUUGCUCAAAAUUCAUUUCUAGGAGCAACAGAAGAAAAAUUCUUAAAACAGCUUCAUUUAGAAGAACAAUUUGGAUACACAGAAGUCAAAUAUAAAAAAGAUGUUAAAACUGGAGCAACUAUUGGAUAUAAUUAUGAGGAUGGCACUGUAGUGCAUACUCAGAAUAUUGAAGGAUCUGAUCACGAAAAUUCAGAUAGUGAUUUAGAUGUAGAUCUUGCCAUAAAUGUUUCUAAAAUGGAUACUGCUCAAGCUAAUGAGAUGAAUAAGCAUGGUCGUAGUUAUGGUAUGAGCUCAAAUGACUUCUAUUCAUUUUUGAUCAAUGAUUUAGAAGAAGCUGAAGCAGUCAAAUUGGCAAGAGAAGAGGAACAAGAAAAGGCUUUGUUUUCUGGCAGAAAAUCUAGAAGAGAAAGGCGAUAUCAUAGAGAAAAAAGACUAGCUAAUAGAACUAUAAGUCCGCCUAGUUAUGCUGCCAAAACUUCUCCAACUUUGCUCAAUUUGCGUGAAAGUAAAUCUAAGUCCCGCACCAGAUCUCCAUCACCUGACAACUCAGGAAAAAUAACAUAUAUAACAUUUUUUGGAGAAGAUGAGGAAACACCUUCAAGUAGUAAAGCUACUUAUUCUAGUAAAGUGAAACUUGGAAAACCUAAAUCUAAAGCAGAAUCCACAGAAUUGUCUCCAAGUAAACGAAGGUCUAGAAGUAGAAGUAAAGAUAAAUACAGUAAUAGAGUAACUAGAUUUUAUAGAAAUAGAUCCAGAAGGAGAUCAUUAUCCCAAUCGAGGUCAAGGAGUAGAUCAUAUAAAAGAAGACGAAGUUCUUCUAGUCGGAGCAAAUCCAGAAGUCGUUCAAGAUCUAGAAAAAGUAAAAGUAAUUCCAUAGAAAAAUUUAAAAGCUUUCGCAGGCACCGAUCUUCAUCAUCUAGCUCUUCAAGUGAUACCAGUACCACCUCUAGUAGUACUGAUACUCUUUAUAAUUCAAGUAAAAGCUCUCCAGAUAAAAAUUUACUUAGUAGUGAAAAUUCUGUAGAUCCUCCAACAAAAAUGGUACCAAGAUACUAUGGUAGAAAUAAAAAUGAUAAAAGUUCCUCUGAGCUUACAGAUGAAGAAGAGGAAAUGAAUAAACCAGGUGAUAAUUCACAGUGUCAAACUAACAACAGCAAUUUGGCCACAUCUAACAAGAAACAAUCUGUGAAUUUGAAAAUCACUGAACGCCUUAAAAGAAAAAGACAGGCUCUAUUAAAUAGGCAAUAUAAAGCAGAUAAAAUAGCAGCACAAAUGAAAACGGAAAGAGAAAGAUUAGAACAGCAAACAAGAGAAGAUGAAUUACGGGAAAUGGCUAUUAAACUUAGAAAAAGACAAAGAGAAAAACGUCAUGCAAAUGACAGCUUAAGCUCUUCUGAUUCUGACAGUAGUAGAAGUGAUAAUUCAAUCAAUAGAAGAAAGUCUCGUGGUAGUAGUACAGAACAGGAGAGAGACCACUCGCGAAGACAUGAUACUAGAAAGUAUCAUUAUAGACGUGAAGAUGUAGAAAAGAAAGACUAUAGAAGUAGUACUGGUAGGCGUAGCAUUAGUAUAGAAAGAAAAAGAGGAAGUAAGGAUGUAGGUGAUGAAGAUCAAAGAUCAUGGACAUCUUCAUCUAAUAAGGGAUCUAGAGAAAGGAGUAGAGACAACGGUGAUAAAGAAAAAUCUUCACAACGACUCACAUAUACGAUUGUCAAACAGAAACUAAGCACCCAAAAUGGCUGAAAGUUUAGUGAAAAUCUCUCGGCACCGUCGUAUGUUAUUUUAACGCUUAAAAUUAAUUAAACUAACACCUAUAUAAAUAUUCAGACAUCAACUUACACAGAUUUAAAAGAGGUAUUAAAUGUUGUAAUGGUGUGAAUAUCUGUAGAAUUUUUCCCAUCGACUUGUAUUUUUAGUGUUCGUAUUGCACAGUUUAUCCACUUAAAUCUUUGUUUCAGUAACAAUAGAAAUAUAUCAAUACUCAAAAAGAGAAAAUUAACAGCCAUUAUUGGUGAACAGUAAGUUAUAUUGCUGUUCAGUGAUUGGAAAGAAGAUGGAAUAAAGCAAAGUACAUCAACUAUAAUGAUGAAUAGUGUUGCAGCUACGUUUACAAUGCAUCCAAUUAAUACUAUUAAAAAUGUUUUGAAAAAUUCUUCGUUGAAAUUUAUUUUAAAAUUCGAGCUUUGUAUUUCUUUAUCGAAUUUCGUUAUAUCAUUUAACCAUUUGGCCAGCUGGAACAAAUAUAAACGUUAAAAAUACUUGAGUAAUCUUAUAUAGAGUUUAAAUAAUGAUUUGUUAACAUUCUCAAGAAAAAUACUAUUUCUAGUUCCAAACACAAAUAUUUAUAUAAAACAAAAAAUAAACAAUCAAUGCAAUAAUUGGAAUUUCGGCUUUUUAGUUUUACUAAGAAUAUUGAAAUGAAUUCCGUUGAACAUUUUUAAACAAAAAUGAAGAGGAUAACCAAGAUACAAGCUUCCCAGACCGUAGAAUAUAAUUUUACAUGAAAUAUACAGAGCCCAGAGCAUAUUUGUUCAAAAAACACUUAACCUAAUCGGAACGCCAUCGUUGUAUUCUACAUUAUUAAUGGUAUAAAAAUCCAUGGAGCAAUUAUCAACAGCUUUCGGUGAGUAAUUAGAAUUCUCGUUAUUUAUUAUUCUUCUAUAGGGACCAUGACAUCAAGACCAUCCUUCUCACUUUUGCUUCCGUUUAUCAAUUCUUGACUGCUUCUGCUAACUAUUCUCUCUUCAUUGGUAUUUUUCUGACUCUUGCUGCAAUCCUGCCUGUAUAUGCAAAACAGUAGCGGCUUGCAGUAAAAAAAUUGUGUAAUCGGCCUUGUUGACAAAAAAACUCUUUGUCAAACUUCCAAUGAUUUGAUCGCUUUCUGUGUUGAAAUAAUAGAUUGUUGGAACAGUUGCGAUAUUAGAAAAUAUUGUGUCACCACGUACUACGUAUUGAUUUAGGUCUCUACUUCACUUUUACUGUCUUUGAAGAAAUUUAUAACAAUAUAUUAAUUCUCAAAAAUGUCCUGAACAAACAAAUUUAACACUAAACCAUGCUGGGAGAUUGUUCGGGACGUCAUCAUAGUUGCAUCUAAUUCAGUCGAGUCUGUAGAGAGCCAAUUCAAAUUCCUCAAAAAAUUUAAUACAUUUCAUAUGACAAUAUGUACCUAUUAUUCGACAUAUCUCAUUUUGCCUCUAUAUUUAACCAAUAAGAAAAAUCUAAUUGAGAGAUAAUAUUGGUUGAUCCUAAUAACGCAUACCCUAUGCAAUUAUGAAUAUUGCUUUUGAAGUUUUAGUGUCUGAGCACUAAUGAACUAGACAGAUUAGACAUUCGCAAAAAAAGCUAUUUACUUGGCAUCUACCCACCGUAUUAUGCGAUGCGUUGGACUGAAUAUAACGAACUAAUGCUGUUAAAUACGGUAGGUCGAUUAUUUAACAGCUCGGUUUUACAGAGUUUUGUAUCAAGGUAUUACAAGGCGACUGUGAAGAAUUUUCUUUUGAAUAAG